UGACAUCAAAAAGUAGAGACAAGUCACAAACUGAACCCAUUCAAAAUUAAAAUACAGUUAUCUUCCCUUCUCCUCCCCCAUAAACAAUUACUUAACCCAAAUUCCAUUACUCUCUGCACAAACAUCAUGGCCUAGCUGUUUCUUGGAUCCGCAGAUUCUGCUAUUUUUUUUCUAUUUCUUUAUCCUCUCACUCGAGUUUAAUUUAAAACAGUUAGCCCACAAGACAUGAUUUCGUUUCUCCCUAGGCUCAAACCCUUCUUCUCUGCUACACUUCUCUCAUUGGGUUUCGUAGUUUUCUAGCCCUAAUGCCUGUAAAUCCAUGGACCCUCUUUUUUCUUCUUCUAUUCCAUUUUUCUGUUCCAGCUUUGUCUGUAAACCCACAGGGGCAGACUCUUCUUUCUUGGAAUUAUAGCUUUCAUGGAAUGCCUCAGGUUUUGAAUAAUUGGGUGGCUUCUGAUGAAACUCCUUGCAGUUGGUAUGGAGUCGCUUGUAAUUUUAACAAUGAGGUUGUGUCGUUGGAGUUGAGAUUCGUCGAUUUGUUUGGUCAAGUUCCGACUAAUUUUUCGUCGCUGUCUUCGUUGAAUAAGCUGGUCUUGUCCGGAACCAACCUUACCGGUUCCAUUCCGAAACAGAUUGCGGAGGAACUUCCUCAAUUGACUUAUCUUGACUUGAGUGAUAAUGUCAUAACAGGCGAAAUUCCGAGUGAGAUUUGCGGUCUUUUGAGGCUGCAAGAGCUUUAUCUCAAUUCGAAUCAACUUACAGGGUCGAUUCCGAUUGAAAUUGGGAAUCUUACCAGUUUGAAAUGGCUAGUAUUGUAUGAUAAUCAACUCGGUGGGAGCUUGCCGUAUACAAUCGGCAAGUUGAAGAAUCUUCAAGUGAUUAGAGCCGGUGGAAACAAGAAUCUUGAAGGUCCAUUACCUACAGAAAUUGGCAACUGUAGCGAUUUAGUCUUAUUAGGCCUAGCUGAAACAAGCAUAUCUGGUUUUAUUCCUUCAAGUCUUGGUCAGUUAAAGAAACUACAAACUAUUGCCAUUUACACUUCCCUUUUAUCAGGCCAAAUCCCACCCGAGCUCGGUGACUGCACCGAGCUCGAAAACAUCUACCUUUACGAAAAUUCACUCACCGGAUCCAUCCCAAAAACAUUAGGCAAUCUUCGAAACCUCAAGAACCUACUACUCUGGCAGAAUAAUUUGAUCGGUGUUAUUCCUCCGGAGCUCGGAAACUGCAAUCAGAUGCUAGUCAUCGACGCAUCGAUGAACUCGCUGACCGGUUCAAUUCCCCCCUCAUUCGGCAAUCUAACAGAGCUUCAAGAACUUCAACUAAGCGUUAAUCAAAUAACAGGGGAAAUUCCAAUACAGUUAGGUAACUGCCGGAAAAUGACUCACAUCGAGCUCGAUAACAACCAAAUAAGCGGCGCGAUUCCUUCAGAAUUGGGCAACUUAUCAAACCUGACGCUACUUUUUCUCUGGCAGAACAAGAUUGAAGGAAAUAUACCCGCCUCUAUUUCUAACUGUCAUAAUUUAGAAGCUAUUGAUUUGUCUCAGAACAGCUUACUGGGACCCAUUCCAGGAGGAAUCUUUCAGCUGAAGCUACUCAACAAACUUUUACUCCUCUCCAACAAUCUAUCAGGCCAAAUUCCGCCCGACAUUGGUAACUGCUCGUCUCUGGUUCGGUUUCGCGCCAACGACAACAAGCUCACCGGUUCAAUUCCAUGGCAGAUUGGGAAUUUAAGCAACCUGAACUUCUUAGAUCUUGGAUCUAACCGUCUCACCGGUGUUAUACCGGAGGCUAUCUCCGAUUGCCGGAAUCUCACUUUCCUCGAUUUGCAUUCGAAUUCAAUCUCUGGUAACUUGCCAUCAAGAUUAGACCAGCUUGUUUCUCUUCAGUUACUGGAUUUAUCUGAUAAUUUAAUCGAAGGCGGUUUAAGUCCAAGUCUUGGUGAGUUGAGUUCACUCACUAAACUCGUUCUUUCUAAGAACCGAUUCUCAGGAGCUAUUCCGGUUCAACUCGGUUCCUGCUCAAAGCUUCAGUUAUUAGACCUGAGUAGCAAUCAGUUUUCGGGGAAUAUUCCGUCAAGUUUCGGGAAGUUCCCGUCGCUGGCAAUUGCUUUAAAUCUGAGCUGUAAUCAACUCACUGAUAAAAUUCCGUCAGAGUUCACGGCGUUGGGGAAACUAGGAAUACUUGAUCUAUCACACAACCAGCUCACCGGAGAUCUCACCUAUAUCGCGAGCUUGCAAAAUCUCGUCGUCCUCAAUAUCUCGCACAACAAUUUCUCCGGUCGCGUGCCUGAAACGCCAUUCUUUUCGAAGCUUCCUCUCAGUGUUCUCAGCGGGAAUCCAGACCUCUGCUUCUCCGGCAGCAAUUGCGCCGGCGGAAGCAACGACAGUCAGAGCCGCAUUGAACACGCGGCUGCGGCGCGUGUGGCGAUGGUGGUGUUACUCUCCACAGCGUGUGUACUUCUCCUGGCGGCGCUCUACAUCGUAAUCGCAAGCAAAAAACAACGUGGCCACGGGUCCCACGGUGAUUACGAUAACGACGGCUGUGACACAGACGUUGAGAUGGGACCACCGUGGGAGGUUACUUUAUAUCAGAAACUCGACUUGUCAAUUGAUGACGUGGAACGGUCACUAACAGCUAAUAACAUAAUUGGCCGCGGAAGAACCGGCAUCGUUUAUAAAGUCACUCUUUAUUCUGGUUUAACAGUAGCAGUUAAAAGAUUUAAGGCAGGGGACAAAUAUUCAGCAGCAGCAUUUUCGUCGGAGAUUGCGACUCUGGCUAGAAUCCGGCACCGGAAUAUCGUUCGGUUAUUAGGAUGGGGAGCGAACCGGAAAACUAAAUUACUAUUUUAUGAUUACAUGAGUAAUGGAACAUUAGGUGGACUGCUACAUGGAGGAAAUGUUGGAUUAAUAGAGUGGGAAACGAGGUUUAAAAUUGCAUUGCGUGUUGCAGAAGGAUUAGCUUAUUUGCAUCAUGAUUGUGUACCCGCGAUUUUGCACCGGGAUGUCAAGGCACAUAAUAUUUUGCUCGGUGAUCGAUAUGAGGCGUGUUUGGCGGAUUUCGGGUUGGCUAGACUGGUGGAAGAUGAGCCUGGCUCGUUCUCAGCUAAUCCGCAGUUCGCAGGAUCGUAUGGGUACAUUGCGCCUGAAUAUGCUAGUAUGCUCAAGAUUACAGAGAAGAGCGAUGUUUAUAGCUACGGAGUUGUUGUUUUAGAGAUACUAACGGGAAAACAGCCCGUGGAUGCAUCAAUUGGCGACGGGCAACAUGUAAUAGAAUGGGUAAGAGAGCAGCUAAAGAGCAAAAAAGAUCCGGUGGAAAUACUUGAUCCGAAACUACAAGGUCAUCCUGAUACACAAAUACAAGAAAUGUUACAAACACUUGGUAUUUCUCUACUUUGUACCAGCAAUAAGCCGGAGGAUCGCCCGACAAUGAAAGACGUGGCUGCAUUGUUGAGAGAAAUUCGAAAUGAAGCUUCCACAGGAAGUGAAGCCCAUAAGCAGCCGACCACCAAAACAACAGAAACUCCGAUGCAUACGUCAUCCUCUGUGACCCCUGCGCAAUUGCUAAUGCUUCAAGGAGGAUCUUCGCGUUGUUCACUUGCUUAUUCGUCAUCAUCGGCUAGUUACGAUCCGAAAAACCAAUAAAACCUUCACCUGUUGUCUUAGAAUAGAGAAUUACAUGAUUGAUGAUCCCCACAUAUAUAAAUUGUUUAAUUACUUCACAAAAAUGUCAGCAAGUUGGAUUUUUGGAAUUAGAAUCAAGCAUAUGCAGUGAAUAAUGUGGUUAUUGUAUACUUUUGUCUUU